AGGAGUCAGUCCUGCCUCGCUAGAUCUAGUAACAGCCACUCACCAACGACCGCAGGCGGUCAGACAGAUCAUGAUGAUAUGUCAGAGUCUCUAGAGAGCGCGGGCGAUGCUUGUCGACAAGAAGAGCCAUGAUGAUGUGCUUGAGUCUGUGUGUGUGCAAUUGAGACGAUGCAGAAGCAGCCUGCGAUGGAAUAGACGCGUUUGGGAAGUCGCGUACAGUGCUUUCGCGAACUCCACGCGUCAUUCAUUGUGAGCUUUCCCUUGGCGCGACAUCACAACUACUUCCAAUAAUCACGUCCCUCUCUACUUCACAUGCGACCAGGACAAAAGGCAUAGUAUGAUAUUAGGUGGACUCGAUGCCGUCGGUCGUCAGAUCGUGAGCAACCUUCGCAAUGCGCUACACCAACAGCAACCAUGCGGCGUCGACUUGACCCUCCGCUGUGUGUCUAGAUGGUCUUCCCCAGCAACUAUUGACUUCGACAACACACACCGUCGAGGCGCCAAAACAUCCGUCCUGCCAUUCUGCUCAACGUCCAAUACCAUCACUCUCCAACCGGGCGCCUAUCUAGUUGACUUCAACGAGACUGUCAACAUCCCCAAAGAUUGUAUGGGCAGUGUAUUCCCACGAUCAAGUCUCUGGAGAAGUGGUGUUAGUGUGCAGGCUGGCGUGGUGGACGCAGGCUAUGAAGGCGCUCUUGGUGCCUUGCUGGAUGUAAAGAAUCCUCACGGAAUUCUUCUGCACAAAGACGCAAAGUUGGCGCAAAUUGUGCUCGAGCAGAUGGAGCGAGAGGUGGAAGGAUAUAGCGGCGUCUAUCAAUCUUCAACUAGCAGUGCGGGGGUUGAUGGUUCGACGAAGAUAUAAUACAUCAUAGCUACAGGUUUAUGAUCCGGACCAAGUCUGGCGCGAGCGC